AUGAGCUCCUGCGAAAAAGCUCGACAGUGGCAGCGGUCCCUUUGCCUGUUGGCGGAAUUGCAGGAGCGACGUUUGCGCAGCAGUGUUGUGAGCUACAACGCCGCCAUCAGCGCCUGCGGUGGGCGGUGGCAAUGGGCCGUGCACUUGUUGCGGAGCCUGUUGGAACAAGGUUUGCAAGCUACGGUGGUUACUUUCAACGCCGCCAUCAGCGGCUGCGAACGUGGAGAUCAAUGGCAACUGGCAUUGGAGCUGCUGGCAGAGAUUCAGAGCAGGUCUUUGCAGCGCAGCCAGAUUUCCUUUAACGCUGCCAUCAGUGCUUGUGAGCGCGGAGAACAGUGGGAGUGGGCGCUGCGAUUGCUGCAAGAGUCACAUUCAGCACGUCUUUCGGAUUCCAUCACGUAUAAUGCUGCCAUCAGUGCCUGCGAGAAAGGUCAGCAGUGGCAGUGCGCCAUGCAACUGUUGGAAGAUUUGGCGAUGCGGCGCUUGCCAAGAAGCAUUGUGACUUUCGGUGCUGCCAUCAGCGCGUGCGAGAAGGGCAGCCAGUGGCAACAAGCCCUCGCUUUGUUGCAAGGAGCGCGCAGCAAAGCCUUGCGUGGCAAUGUGAUUGUCUACAGUGCCGCGAUCAGUGCAUGUGGCCGAGCACGGCAGUGGCAGCAAGCCUUGCGUCUCUUUGCAGAAGUCCAAGAGGUGAACAUCGAGCUCAACGUCAUCACCUACGAUGCAGCCAUCAGCUCCUGUGAGAAGGGGGACCAAUGGCAACUUGCGCUUGAGCUCCUCGCAGACUUACAAGACCAAUGCCUGGAGAGAACUGCCUGCGCCUACAAUGCCUCCAUUGCGUGCGCAGAGUGGCAACAUGCCUUUUCCUUGAUGGAGGAGCUGCAAUCAAUUCCGCUCCAGCGGAAUGUCGUCACCCACGGUGCUGCGAUUCGUGCUUGUGAGCAGGGCAGUCAGUGGCAGCAAGUAUUUCCAUUGCUUGAUCGCCUCGAGAUUGCUCGCAUAGCAGGAGAUGAGAUGAUCUGUACUUCGGCCAUCGGAGCCUGUGAGAAAGGCGCUGCAUGGCAGUAUGCCCUCUGCCUGCUCAUGCAGUUCCAGCUGCGGCGAUUGGCGGAUGCUGUCAUUUACGCUGCUGCCAUCUGCGCUUGCGCCAAGAGCGACCGGUGGCAAGCGUCUGUGAUGUUAUUGGUGGAGAUGCAGCACCGCCAGUUGCCCAGGAGCACGGCCACCCGCGCGACCGUCAUCAGCGCUUGUGAGCGAGCCGGCCGCGUGCGGUGUCUCAGCUCUAUGUUUUUGUCCAUGUCUCUCUGGCUCGCUCUGCUGGCGGGGAGUUCCGGUGCCGAGCUGAGCGCUCAUUUCAGCCCUCCGGUGAACCGGAGCUGGAACUUGUGGACCUCGGGCCGCGAGAGGCAGCAGCUGGAGUGGCAGGAGCUCACGCUGCCGCCCGGAGACGACGGCAGCGUCACUGGGCUGACAGGGGGUUUACUGCGACUGGGGCCCAACAAGGAGCUGCCCACGCACUACCAUCCCGAGUCUUUUGGAGAGACCUACUACUUCACCAGAGGCAAUGGGCACGUGAAGCUUGGUGAGUACACUCGCCACGAGGUGAGGCAUGCCAUCUCGCCGGGGCUUCAUGUCAAUAUUCCUGCCCGCAUGCUGCAUGGCAUUGAGUCUGGCAGACCUGUAGAGCAACUCAGCCUGCGGGCGCUGAGAUCCAAAUCGAUGGCCGACUUGAAGGUCUUGUGGUGCCGAAGCUGGCAGAGUGCCUUGGAUCUGCUGCUCGACGCGCGGCACCGCUCGGUGCGCUGCGCUGUGCACCAGACUGUGGGCAAUUUGGCGGAGGAGGCGCGGCGAGGAGCAGAGGCGCUGCGGCCCUUCUGGGACGUGGCACCCAGCCGGAGGGGCUUGCUGGCACGCUGGAGCCAUGCGUUGGAUCUCUUCUUUCAGCAGAUCCAGGAGACGCCUGGCACGCUGGAUGACUAUCGAGCCGCCAUCAAGGCAUGCCCGCGGUUCUACUGGACCUUGGCCUUGCAUAUGCUGCAGCAGAUGGAGGAGCGGUCCUUGGGACCAGAUCGUUUGAGCUACCGCGAAGCCAUGCGCACCUGCAACCGCGGCUUGUACAGCUACGAGGCGGCCAUCCGCCUCUUCCGAGAUUUGGGCGCCAAGAACUUGGAUCCAGGCGUGGAGGAGUACAAUGAGUUGAUUCUCGCCCUGAUCACCGGCAACCGCUGGCUGGAGGCAUUCAACACCUUCGCGGAGAUGCGAAGGGGCGAACCAAGCCCCAACAUGCAGAGCUACUGCUUGGUGCUCUACGCCUGCGCGGAUUCCGAGGAGGCCGACAAUUGGUCGAAGGCUUUGGCCUACUGGACGGAUAUGCGCAAGGCAAAGCUCACUCCUGGCUUUGAUGCCUACGACAUGCUGCUUCUAGUGGCAGAGCGCAGCGAGCGAUGGGACUGGUCGCGGCAAUUGCUGGACACUCUCUUCAAGCUGGAUGCGCCUCGCACGGUCACGAUGUUCAACGCCGCCCUAAAUGCGGCAAGAAGAGGCAAGCGGUGGGAGCUGGCUCAGUCCCUGCUCAGGGAGAUGAGCCAGGAGUUGCUGUUGCCGACCAUCGUCAGCUACUCCUUCGCGGUGGCCGCCUGCGAGAAGGCGCAGCGCUUUGACGUGGCCACGGGCAUGCUGGAGAUGGUGGACGAGUGGGACGCAGCGUGGCAGAUUUGCAUGUGUGCCAAGCUUAUACUUACAAUUGUGGAGAAUCUGGGCACCUGGUACCACGACCAGCUAAGCAGCAAGACUCGAGUGCAGCGGAAGGUGGAGGAGCUAGUGACGGCCACGCUGGAGGCGAAAGCCACAGCUCCUUGCAAGGCUUUGAAGAGGCGUGUGUGCCAAAGGGCGAGGAAGAAGCUGGCACACUGGCUGACGCAGGAGGAGUUUGAGAAGGCUGUGGUUCUUUUGAAGGAGGGGCCUGAACUCGAGCGGACACCCACGGUGACGGCUACGGAGAUGCCAGAGGCCCCGUUGGCACAAGCACCAGCACAACCAGCCUUCACCCAGCCAGUGUGUAUGCGAGUCCCCGUGAUCUACCUCCCGGUGCCGGUGCCGUGCCUGAGGAUCCCAACGGAGUUCCAGGCAAAGGAGCACAAGGCCUCACCAGACACUCCGAGGGCCAUGUGGAACCUGCAGCGAUGUGAGGUCCGAGCUCCGAAGAAGGAUAUGAGCUACGAGGUUGACAUGGACACUCCUCGCUGCCAGUACAACUUCACGGGAAGAAGCGAGCAGGUUGAUAUGGACACUCCUCGCUCCCAGUACAACUUCACAGGCAACUACGAGCAGGUUGAUAUGGACACUCCUCGCUCCCAGUACAACUUCACAGGCAAUUACGAGCAGGUUGACAUGGACACUCCUCGCUGCCAGUACAACUGUACAGGCAGAAGCGGGCAGGACUCAGAAGACGAGGACUCGGACGAGGAAAGUACGUGCGACGACUUGGCAUUUGUUCGUCAAGUGACCUUGCCAGUGCAUCGAACCUUCAUCCAGUUCAAUGUGUGCCAGCACUCCCACCGACGGUCCAAGUCCAUUUGA